CUCAUUGCUACAGUGCUAUAGGUUAUGUUGUUGCUCUCCAUCUUCUAGACUUCAGCUCCUUCUUGUGUAAGGGAAACUUUUCAGUGACGGAAGGAAGGAUGAAGGCAGAAGCUCCUCCCCACUCCCCCGGAUUGGAGGAUUUGGCGAUCCGGUGUCGGGAAGUGUGUCGGUCGUACGGGAAACUCAAAGUCCUGAGUAACCUCAACUUGACCGUGCCACAGGGACACAUCUACGGCCUGCUGGGUCCGAGUGGGUGUGGGAAGACCACGCUGUUGAAAUGCAUUCUGGGAACCCUGAAGAUCUCCCGAGGGCACAUCAGCGUGUUGGGGAAGCCGCCCGCAUUUCCUGGUCACCAGGUCCCUGGGAGGAUGGUGGGGUACAUGCCACAGGACCUGGCGUUGUACAAUGAGUUUUCUAUCAGUGACACCCUGACGUUCUUCGGAAGGAUCCACGGCCUGUCAUCUACGGACACCCAGGCACGCAUGGACUUCCUGGUGGACUUCCUGGACUUACCUCACAACAGCAGCCUGGUUGGAAAACUCAGCGGAGGGCAGAAACGGAGGGUGUCUCUAGGAGCAGCCUUACUUCAAAACCCCCAGUUAUUGAUUCUGGAUGAACCCACAGUCGGGGUGGACCCUGUGCUGAGAGCCAAGAUCUGGCAGCAUCUAGUAGAGAUUGUGAAAACUGGAAAAGUAUCAGUCGUCAUCACCACUCACUACAUAGAGGAGGCCAGGCAAGCCAACGUGGUGGGUCUGAUGAGGAAUGGCCGAAUGUUGGCAGAGGGGGAACCAGAAACCUUGAUGAAACAGAACAGUGCUGCGACCCUGGAGAAAGCCUUCCUGCAGCUGUGUGAGACCUCAGACCAGGUGGGCUCCAAACACAGCACCUACCCUCAGGGUGGGGUACUAGAGAGCGGCCAAUCACUCGAAAGCGGCCGGGAAGAGAGUCAACCAAUCAUGGGAGUCGGGCCGGGACCAGUUGAAGAGCUGCCCAAAUACUCAGCGGACUGGAAGGUACGAGUCAGGCAUGUGAUGCCAAAGUGGAGGAACAUCGCAGCUCUGAUUAUCAAGACCACGGUGCGGAUGAAGAGAAUGCCUGGGUCCCUGUUUUUCCAGUUCCUUCUGCCAGUCAUGCAGAUCUCUCUGAUGUGUCUGUGUAUCGGAGGAGACCCCAAAGGAAUACAGGUGGCUGUGGUCAACAAUGAGACCUCCUCCAGCUCCUAUAGCCAAUCCCUGCUCUCCUUCCUGGACAACUCCAGCGUGCAACAGGUGAACCUGUCCCAUGCUGAGGCUUUUGCAGGGGCCUAUAACGGAGAGUACUGGGCCGUCAUCGGGUUUGGAAAGAAUUUUACCAGCUACCUGACCAAGAGGAUGAUCCAGCGGCAGGUCUCUAAGGAGGUGGUGGAUGGAGGGUCGGUGCACGUCUGGUUGGACCUGACCAAUCGACAAAUCGCCUUAAUGCUUCAGAAAAAAAUUAAAGAUGCCUUUGAGGGUUUUAUCCAGUAUAAGAUGAGUAGCAGGUCUUACCUGCUCUCUCUUCCUGUCAAGUUUGAGGAGCCCAUCUAUGGCAGCAUGAACUCAGACUUCACUACGUUUGUGACACCAGGAGCCGUUCUGAGCAUCACUUUCUACCUGGCAGUGGGCUUGACUGCUCUGUCCUUCGUGAUAGAGAGGAAGGAGGGGCUAAUGGAAAGGUGCUGGGUCUCAGGUGUGAGUUCAAUGGAGACCGUGCUGGCGUAUCUCAUCUCCCAGCUGAUUAUCAUCAGUGUCCAGAUUAUUCUACUACUGAUCUUAAUGCUGCUCGUCUUUAAGAUCCCUAAUGAGGGGAACCUGGUGUUGGUUAUAGCUCUGAUCGUGCUGCAGGGUAUAACAGGCACUUCCUUUGGUCUGGUCAUCUCAUCCGCCAUCGAUGACGAACAGAACGCCACCCAAGCUGCCCUUGGUAUCUUCUACCCCAACCUCAUCGUCAGUGGUAUAAUCUGGCCUGUGGAGUGCAUCCCCUAUCCACUACGUUACAUCAGUCUGGCCCUGCCCCAGACCUACGCUUCUGAAGCCCUACGAUGCAUCAUGUACAGAGGCUGGGGUCUCUCCAGGAUGAUAGUGUGGCGAGGCUUUGUUGUCACCCUGGGCUGGAACACUUUCUUCGUCAUCCUGGCCAUCGUCAUCCUCAAGUUGAGGAUGUGAAACGCCUACCCAGGGAAGUUGUGUGCGUAUGUAGUGUAUGUGAGUGUGUGAGGGUUUUGUGUGGGAGUGUCAAUGUGGUGUGUCUAUAUAUAGUCUAGUGAGUGUGUAUAUGGUGUGUGUAUAUAUAGUCUAGUGAGUGUGUAUAUGGGGUGUGUGUAUAUAUAGUCUAGUGAGUGUGUGUAGGGUCAGUGCAGAUAGGGUAACUUUCCCCCUCAGUCACGUUAGUUUGGCUACUCAACCGAUCUAUUUGUCACUCACAAACCAAUCAAAAUGCCUGAAAUGUGUGUCUGGACACUGCACCCGCCCACUCAGGUGUUACGAGUGUAAUCACCGUCAGAAGAGUGAUCGUCGUCUGAGGACUGUUAUUAUGGACAAUAACAUGAAUGGGUGUGAUACGUUUACAGCAGGAUUCUACUGUCCUACCGUUAUAAGUCUGUAAUGUUAGUGUGUUUUCCCGAUACUGCUUUGCAUAUUGUUGAUAGUUAAUUGCCAUUAUUGCAUUGGUUGCACAGGUGUUUUAUGUAGGAUAUUUGUUGUACUGGUAACACAAGGCUGGAAUUAUUAAAAGUUAAGAAGGGUCUUUUUUGUCAAAGCAGCUGUUAGGGUCAGAGUUAUGCGUAGCCUCAUUAGACUGACUUUCAAACGCACAACUAGGUUGCCUGGCAACUCAA